AAACUUGUGUAUUAUAACGUAAAUGACAGGGAGCUUAGGUACUCCUGUAUCUAGGAUAAAAGUCACGGGUCUGAAAUCAUACGACGAGAUGGCGGUUCGGGUGUUAGAUCCAACAGAGUAUGACAAGUUAGAGAAGGAAUUAGAGGCUGCCUUACCGGUUUCUUUGUGUGCUUACAAUCACCUUAAAUUAUUGAGAAGAGGGAAACUGACUGACAAAACAGUCCUGGUGGACACCUGGCCAGAGUUUACUUCUGUUGUUAUUGUUGAUAGCAAGAAAAAGGAGACUACGGGGUGGGCAAUCAGUUUCUGUAAAGAUUCCAACUUCUGUCAACCCCUAGAAAACCUGCUACGCCAUGCCUCCACAUUGCUAACAUCCCCUUUAGUCAUUGCAGGCUGCACGAAAUAUGUGAUAGAUUCCUUAAUUGAGCUAUAUAAGUCAGCAGAAUCCAGUCCAAUUCAGAGCGGAGAAGACAAUGCAUACGUUUUUACGUUUCCUCCAGAUAAUAUUUUUCCUCUAAAAGUUCCGGAUGGAUUCAAGUUAUCCGAAUUACAGGAAGCUCACGUUGAAAAUAUACGCAACUCAUGGCCCUAUAGGGACGAAUUUGAACAAAUCGCAAACCUGAGACAAUGGAUACGUUAUCACAUUGAAACUUUACCAACAGUCUGUGUUGAAGCGGAGGACGGACGCCCUGUUGCUUGGGAGUUUCAACAGGAAUAUGGCGGGGUCGGUAUGUUACAUGUCGAGCCAGAAUACAGAAGGCUCAAACUGGGAAGUGUUGUCACAAGGACACUUGCUGAGAAACUGGUAAAGGAGGGGCAAUUAGUGUUUGCUUGUGUGGAUGUUAAAAAUGAAACAUCUGUGACUUUUCAUGAAAAUAAUGGCUACAUACGUUUGCCAUUGAUAUAUUCUUUUGCAGUCUAUAAUUUGUAAUUAAAAUAAUAAUCAAACAACA